GUAUUUCAGUGUAAAACUUCAACAAAAGGUGUCACAUUGAUCCCAGUGUCUAUUUAAAAAAGUUUCACAAAAAGUAAUUAGAUAAAAACGCAUAUUUUAAAAUACAAUAAAAAAUUAGUUGGUAAAGAAUUGGAAAAUAUAAAAAAAUAUUUCUAAUAUUUAUAAAAUGAACAAAGUAACAGAUACUGCAAUAGUGAGACUGACACAAGAUUACUUGCGUCUUAAAAAAGAUCCUAUACCAUAUGUUGUUGCAGAGCCAGUUCCUUCAAAUAUAUUAGAAUGGCAUUAUGUAGUAAAGGGUCCAGAGGAAACUCCUUAUGAAGGAGGAUUUUAUCAUGGCAAACUUAUAUUUCCAGUAGAAUUUCCAUUCCAGCCUCCCAGCAUUUAUAUGACCACUCCAAAUGGAAGGUUUAAAGUCAAUACAAAAUUAUGUUUGUCUAUUUCUGAUUUUCAUCCAGAUACAUGGAAUCCAACAUGGAGUGUGUCUACUAUUCUUACAGGAUUACUUAGUUUUAUGAUUGAAAAUAGUCCUACCAUGGGUAGCAUUAACUCAUCUGAUUAUGAUAAGAAACAAUUUGCUGCACAGAGCUUGGAGUAUAAUUUGAAGGAUAAAAUGUUUUGUGAACUUUUUCCAGAAACUGUCGAGACAAUAAAGACGGAAUUGGAGCGUAGGAAAGAAUUAGAAAAACAGGCGAGGCAUCAACCCACAGCAUCGGAAGUUUCGUCGCUAUUGCGUGAUCAAUUGGAAAGGGAUCAAAGUCCAUUGUACAGUGCACUUAACAAUCUUAUUGUUAUCAUAGGAUUCGCAGCAUUUGCUUACACAGUGAAAUAUGUAUUAUGGAGUGUCGCCAUGGAAUAAGUGAACAAGAUGAAUGCAUAGCAUUCGUUCUUUGUUCUAUAGAUGAAGUAAGAAAAGUGGAAGAAAGUUGUGAUAACGAUGCGUGCAGAUCUUGAAGAAACAUAUUAGAAGCUCAAUCAGGGUUGUUUGUCUACACUUGUUGAAUCUAUGUGGUACUAUUUAACCUCUUGAUUUUCGAGUAUGCUGGUAUAUCAUGAGCGUUUGAUGGAUUUUUAUAUCAAAGUUACUUGUAAAAUACGAGUUGUACUAUAUUUACAAAUUUUAAACGUGGUAAUCGCAAAGCAAGGGUAAUAAUUUCUCAAAGAGUUCUACCUAUAAGCGUUUAUCAUUGGUAACAAAAUGUCACUAAGUUUUUUAUCCAGUUGUAAAAGGUUCAAUUUUAUUAAUUUUGUCUUAAUUUGAAAUUUUUAUUAAUAUCAAUGACCCACGAUCAAGUUCUGUUACGCAAAUUUCCAAAGCAUAGUUCAACUAAGUGAACUUGUAAUAUUUAGUGAUUAUUUGAUGAAUUAUGUACUUAUGUAAUAUGAGAAGAGGAAAAAAGAGAGAAAGCGUAAGAAUAGCGAAGAUAGAGUUAUAAAAUAAAAUCGUAGGGGCCUCCCAACACU